AUGUAUUCGUUAUAUAACGACAUAAUUUUCAGUGAAAAUAGAUCAAAUGUCAUAUUCAAAGUUAACAACUGUGGAAUUGACUGCUUAAAUAAACACUUCAAACUUUUGGCAAAAGCAGAAUGUGACAGUGGAUACUUAACAUUUAAUGUGUGUGAAAAUUUCAUAGAAAGAUUCACUCAAAAGUUCAGAAAUUUGUUUAAAGACAGUGACGUUGUCGUAUCAAAAUAUCGUGCUGCGACUAUAAUGCAAAUUUUUAUAUUUGAACUGUUCUUCGAAAUAACAAAGGAUGCUGAUCGUGAGGUGUUUCUGGCAGCAGAAGAAUACGAAGCGAACGUAUUAAUGCGAAUAUGUGCUGUUCAAAUUAUUCUAAAUUUAACACCUUACAACGUUUUUGAAAGCACCAAAUUGAUACGAGAUCGCUUCAUCACUUACGAUCUGGAAAGGAAAUGUUUUGAAAUGAUAAUCGAAAAUUACGAUUUGAUCAAGAACACAAAACACUUUAAGGAUUAUUUUAAUCGUCUGCUUGAAAAAAUGAAUUUGCCUGCUACAGGAAGCCUUUUUAACAUAACUUUGGCUGCUCUCUUCAAAAAUCACGAAAUCAUUUUUAAAACCGAAGAUUGGAAUUUGUUGCCUGAACACUACAAAAAUAGUUUGAUAAAAUUGGCAUUGAUCAAGAAUCAAGAGGAAAUAGCGAAGACAUCAUCAAACGCAAAGGAACAACGCUUGUUACUCCAAGAUUUCAUUCAAAACAAGCAAUUUAAAAUAUUUUCAUUCUUUCCUUAA